UAGCAACUCCUCUUGUAUUAUAUUUCCUAAAAUGGUUCUUCCAACUGAAAUUCCACCAAUAAAUCAAUCAAGUGUUCUAAUUGAUCUCAAAAAGCGAACAACUAGCUCAAUAGAAGCCAAGGAAGAUCCAAUGAACACCGCAUUCUACGAACCUGAAGACUUUGAAGCCGAAAUUGAGCUAUGCAUCAGUAAGCGUACAAUUCAAGAAAAGAAAUCAGAUUAUUGGGAGGAUAAACUCGAUUCAUUCAAUAAAAAACAUCCAUUUCUGAUGCUCCACUUUGCUCCAGUGGUCUUCCAGCUUUUUCUGAUUGCCCUCACCACACUGUUUCUGAACAAAGCAGGGGUCACAGAUUCUAUUGAUAAGCUAGCUGCACAUCUGUACUAUUUUCUAUUCUGUGUCAUUUUUUAAACGUUUAUAUAACUAUUAGAAAAUAAAAUUUUAUUUAUUGC